AUGCCCGACAAUCCACAGCCAUACAAAAUCUCAGUCCCGGGAGACAGUCUGGAUGACCUCAAGCAGCGUCUGUCGCUAGCAAAAUUCCCAACACAGAUCGAGUCACCGGACCAGGAUCCCUGGGACUUCGGAGCUCCUGCCAAGGAAGUGCAGAGGCUGGCAACUUAUUGGAAAGAUGGAUUUGACUGGCGGAAAGCAGAGGCACAGCUAAAUGAGCUGCCUCAGUAUGAAAUCCCCAUUGAAGUGGAUGGAUUCGGUGUUCUGGAUAUCCACUGUGAGUAUCCAUUCCCGACUCCAAGUCUAAUCGCCAACGUGAUACUAACGAGUAGCGUUACAGUCGUUCAUCAGGUGAGUCCUGUGAAGAAUGCGAUUCCGCUGCUAUUUAGCCAUGGCUGGCCUGGCUCUUUCAUUGAAGUGUCAAAACUACUCUCCCAUUUGAAGGGAGAUGAUCAACAUCCCGCGUUCCACGUCGUCGCUCCUUCAUUGCCGAAUUUUGGUUUCUCCUCUGGAGUGACUCGUCGCGGAUUUGGACUAGCGCAAUACGCCGAGACUGUGCACAAGCUCAUGCUCAAACUCGGCUACACGCAGUAUGUAACCCAAGGAGGCGACUGGGGGUUCUGGGUAACAAGAGCCGUAGGCCUCUUAUACCCGGAGCACUGCAAAGCCUCGCACGUCAACAUGGUCGUAUCCAAGCCACCUCAGUGGAGCCGCACUCCACUGCUGGCGCUGCAACAUGCGCUGCAGCCGUAUACCAGCCGCGAGAAAGAUGGCCGCGUGCGAUCCGCAUGGUUCGAUCGAGAAGGGUACGGAUACAACAUGCUGCAAAGCACCAAACCACAAACCAUCGGCAUUGCACUGACUGACAGUCCCGUCGCGCUGUUGGCAUGGAUAUAUGAGAAACUUCACGACUGGACAGACUCGUAUCCGUGGACAGACGAUGAGAUUCUAACCUGGACUUCUAUCUACUGGUUCUCGGUCGCGGGCCCUGCGGCGAGUGUUCGCAUUUACUAUGAAGCAUGGCGUCCGCAACCCCCAAAGGGAAUCUCCUAUGACCCACUUAGAGAAUACAUCUCGCACGUCAAGCUUGGAGUUGCCCAUCUCCCGCGCGAGAUCUCGGUUGUCCCUGCCACCUGGGCCGCUGCGUUGGGCCCGGUUGUAAGACAGAGUGAGCAUGCUCGAGGCGGACAUUUUGCAGCAUGGGAGGUGCCGAAUGUAAUAAUUGAUGACCUGCAGGCGAUGUUUGGUAAAAGCGGGCCAUGCUAUGAGGUCGUGCCUGGCAAAAAAGGUUACUAA